GAAUGUAGACUCAACUGUUUCUCUUGCACUGAGCAGCAGCCUGCUACACGGCUGAAAGAGCGAAUUUGUGAAUUUAAGUGGAUUAUCUGAUGAGGACAGUUUAACCCACAGCCAAGAUGAAACUGGAGUUUAAAGAUUCAUUCUGGCCUUUACCAUCUGUGAUGCCACAGGGAGUGGAAUUCAUCAGUAAUGUUGGAUAUGAGACUCUUAUUCAAAGGCUAAAUGAUGGCAGACGAACCUGCAAGGACAUGGAGGAACUCUUGAAAAUGAGAGCUGCAGCAGAAGAGAAAUACGGAAAAGAUUUAAUCACCAUCGCCAGAAAGGCGGGCGGUUUAGGUGAAACCAGCACUUUGAGGAUGUCUUUUGAUGAAAUGAAAAAACAAAUGGAGAAUACCGGAAACUUGCAUAUUCAGCUCGCUGGACUCUUAAAGGAGGAAGUGAAGCAGAUGGAGGAGUUCAGAGAAAGACAGAAAGAACAGCGGAAGAAGUACGAAGUCUUAAUGGAAAAAGUCCAGAAAACAAAAGUAUCGCUCUACAAGAAAACAACAGAAUCUAAAAGGACGUAUGAGAUGCGCUGCAGUGAGGCAGAUGACGCUGAACAAACAGCCGAGAAGAUGGGCAACACUCCCACAACUACCCCCAAACAAAUAGAGAAGAUGAACAAUAAAUCUAAACAGUGCCGAGAAGCUGCAGAGAUGGCCGAGAAACAGUACAUGUCCAACAUUGAACAGUUGGACAGAGUGCGUCAAGAAUGGGAAUCCACACACAUUAACACAUGUGAGAUGUUCCAGCAGCAGGAAGAAGACCGAAUCAGCAUCAUAAGGGGUGCUCUGUGGGUGCACUGUAACCACCUAUCUAUGCAGUGUGUGAAGGACGACGAGUGUUAUGAAGAUGUCAGGAAAACUCUGGAAAAUUGUGACGUCAUCACGGACAACAACUGCUUUGUGGAGACAAAAGGCACCGGCUCAGCACCACCGGCACCAAUAGAAUACCAGAAUUACUACACAGGAAAUGGUCCAUCUGAGGGAAACGGCAGUGUCGGAUUUGUUGGAGUAAUAAAAAGGUUCUCAAAUCUGCUGCAGACAAACUGCUCUUUUGGCUCCAAGACAAGCAUCAUUGAACCGGUUACACAGCCCACUGCAGAAACAUCAGAUGGAGUCUACGCCUCCAUUCCUGGGUUAGAGGAAUCCAGACCAAGCAGCGAGGAGUAUACAGCCAUGUAUGACUAUGUGGCUCAGAAUGAAGACGAGCUCUCUGUGUCUGUCGGGGACAUGGUGGUUGUCAUUGACCAAAAUCAAGAUGGCUGGUGGAUGGUGCAGAGAAACGGAGUCACGGGAUUGGUUCCUGGUUCUUACCUAGCACAACAAUAAGUUCAUAAGAGUAGACCUGUGCAAUCUUGAACAUGUAAGAUUCUAACAUCAAAGGGUUUAUUUUGCAUCUUCGUAGAUAGACAUGACUAUAUUAAAUGGUGUAAACAUAUUUACAUUUUUUCCACAAGGGUUUAAUGCACUUUCAGCAGUUGCUAUGGACAUAUUGCAGCCAUGUUUUUAAAAGUAGAGAUGUACAGUAAAGUUUGUUGUACAAUUAA